ACUCAUUCGAACCAUCUAUCAACCAAGUCCUUAAAAAAAUGGACCAGCAACACAUUGAUUCCCUACUGGAGCGCUACUUGUCCCUCAUAGACGAGUAUUCGCGCCUGAGAGCGGAGCUAACAAAGCUCCAGACCGGCGUUUAUCAAAACAUUGCCAGAGCCAACUUCACAGGCGAGCGGGGCAUGAGAUAUGGCCAAGACCACUACGAUGAGCGGAUGCGCGCCCUGAGAGUGCUGGAUAUUGAGCUCGGAGAGGACAGCGUGCCGAAUUUUACGAUGAAGAACUUGGAUCCUCCCGUUGAUGGCGCUGCGGGCGAUGGCAAGAGCCGGGAGGAGGCUGAAAAAGACAGCAAGGAAGAAGAGAAAGAAGGGGAAGAAAAGGCAGACGCUACCAGCACCCAGAACAAUCCAGUAGAGAGCACCGAGGAGCAGCGAAAUGACGAAAAGAACAAGGAUGAAAAGAAGACAAAGAAAUCGAAUCACAACCCUCUCCACUGGUUCGGUCUGUUGGCACCCCAACCCCUUCGAACUGCUCAAAUGCUAUCUAUCCAGGCCGUGGAAGAGGCCAUCCCAAGACUCGUCGCUGUCAACGCCGAGAUGGAGCACGUCGAAAUUGAAAUUCGCAGAGCAAAGAAGAAGAGAGCAAAGGCAAUGGCUGCGUUGGCGGAAGAGAGGGAAGUUUCAAGGCAGGGGGCUGUCGAGGCGAGGUGAUGAAGAGUUGGAUCUGGAAGAGUAAAAUAUGCUAGUAUUUGAUGUUUUUUGGGGGGAUAAUAUUGUGUAGUUAUUAGGGGAAUAGGAACUGAUAUAACUGAUACAGCAUUAUUGAGCAAAGCUGUGAAGCAGAUUCAAAAGUGUAACGGGUGAAAUGUAAUAUCAUUUGGCUUUGUUAAAAGCAGCAGAAG